AAAAUUCAGAAGGUAAUUGAUGAGAACAAGGGAAGGAUUGCUAUUACAACCGAUUUGUGGACUGCAAGUAACCAAAAGAAAGGUUACAUGGCUGUAACAGCGCAUUACAUUGACAAUUCCUGGAUUUUGAGGAGUCAUAUGCUAAGGUUCAUCUAUGUGCCUACUCCUCAUUCUAGUGAUAGACUUGCAUCGGUCUUGGUCAAUUGCAUGCUCGAUUGGAAUAUCGACACAAAGGUAUCCACUAUCACACUGGAUAAUUGUAGCACAAACGAUGCAAUGAUCUCCAAAAUUAAGAAAAAAAUGGUUUUAUCAUAUCUGUUGGGGGAGGGUACACUUCUUCACAUGCGGUGCUCGGCUCAUAUAUUGAAUCUGAUAGUCAAAGAUGGAUUAGAUGUUGUAAAGGAUGGUAUUGAAAGGAUUAGGGAUAGUGUGUCUUAUUGGUUGGCCACACCUAAAAGAUUUGAGUUUUUUCAAGAGACUAGUAAACAAUUGCGUGUUCCAUGUGAGAAGAGAUUGGUUUUGGACUGCCCUACAAGGUGGAAUUCAACUUUCCUAAUGCUGGCCAUUGCUAUUCCUUACAAAGAAGUGUUUAAUAGGUUGAAACAGCGUGACCAUCAGUAUGAUUGUUUGCCUUCAAAUGAUGAUUGGUUGUUUGCUUCGAUUGUAUGUGAGAAGCUGCAGUGUUUUACUCUGGUUUCUGAUCUAUUUUUGGGGUCCAAAUAUCCAACUGCGAACCUGUUUUUUCCUCGCAUCUGUGAAUUGAAGAUUAGAAUCUGUGAAUGGAUGUUUGAUUCCAAUGAGAUUAUUCAGCGUAUGGCUGAAUCGAUGUGGGCAAAGUUUAACAAAUAUUGGGAAGUGAUACAGCAGAUUUUGGCUGUUGCUAUUGUGUUAGACCCACGAUAUAAACUUGACAUUGCUGAGUAUUAUGCUGAAAAAUUGGGUCUAGAUGGUAGUUUAUCAUUGAGUGCUAGUGACAUAAGAAGAAUUUUGGGAGAUUUGGUGGUUGAAUACCAAUCAAGGCUGAAUGGUAAUGGUAAUAAUCUUGCUGUUGGUAAUGAUCUGCCUGCAAGUUCUAGCAAUUCAGAUCAAGGUUUUGAUUUGUUUGUUAGUCGAAGGAAGAAGUCUAGGAUCACUUCUGUUACAGCUGAGUUAGAUGCCUAUUUGAAUGAGGAGAUCUUGCCUCGUACUUCCGAUUUUGAUAUACUUAUGUGGUGGAAGAUCAAUGGUCCUAAAUACCCCAUCUUGCAAGAGAUUGCAAGAGAUAUUCUUGCUGUUCCGGUUACUUCUGUUGCAUCAGAAUCCGCCUUCAGUUCUGAAGGUCGACUAUUAGAUCCUCAUAGGAGCAGGCUGCAUCAAUCGACCGUUGAAGCUCUAAUGUGCACGAGGACUUGGCUGCAAGCUAAUGAGGGGGGCGGCGAUGAUGGUGUAGGGAAUCUGGAGGGUUGCUUCUCUUCCUUGAGUGAAACUCGCAUGGUGCAAGAAGUGGCACAAUCUGAAUCAGCAAUUCUGGAAGAUAAUGCUCCAAGGAACAGGACAUAUAAUCUAGAUGAUCUUGAUUAACUUCUAGGCAUUGGAUUUUGCUGUGAUAGUGUGUCGGUUGCUGACUUGCUGGUUUUGAUGAUGCUAAGUUUAAAGAAGAAGGUUGCUGGUUUUGAUGCUGCUGCGUUUGAAGAAGAAGGUUGCUGGUUGUGAGGCUGUUGUUUUCUGAGUUUUAAGAAGGAUGCUGGUUUUGAUGUUGUUGAGCUGUUGAUGCUGGUUUUGAUGUUGCUGAGCUGCUGCAGAUUAGCACUUUAUCUACUAGCUUUCAUUUUGAUUCAUUUUGAGACUUUUAGUUGAGUAGUUGAACUAUAACUAUUUCAGAAUUCAGAAUUUCAGAUUGGGUUUGAGUUGGAUAUUUAUCCUAGGUUGCUAUUUCAUGGUUUGGAUAAUUGAGUGUCGGUUUGAUCAAUGAUCAUUUCAGAAUUCAG